UAUUCGUUUGGAAAUUCAGAAAGGAUAUGGAUUCAGAAGCUAGUCCGACCAAUACAGAGGAGACUGUUCUGUCUGUACAUACCUACUGGAAGAACACAAUCAAUGUUUGCGAGGCAGCAUUGAGUAUGUUGUCAGUCUACGAAAACAAAGACCAUGCACUAGUAGAUGCCACCACAGAACCACUUAGACAACUGAUUCGCCAUGGACGAGACAUUAAAGCAAUGAUGGAGUACAAACCAACCCCACGCGACGUCAAUACUUCGCCAAAAAAGCAGCGAAAACCUGUACAGAUCAAUUCAGAUUAUGAUUCCAAUUGGGAAAUCGUUGAUUCCUCUACAGUCAACGUUACAUUGAGCGAUAACAGUGUUGUUGUCUGCAAGGCCAUUUCCACCAGAAAGGAGCUUGAAGAAAUCAUACCAGAAAUCCGCCAAAGUCGAUGUGUUGCGCUAGACUGCGAGUUUCUCGGAAUAAAGAAUAGUUCGCCUGAACUCAAGUUAUUGCAGAUUGCAGUUUCACGCACGCGCGGAUACGCUGUUAUGAUCAACACAAUUGGAAAUCGAGUAGCGAUGGAGUUACUUGGCCCAAUAUUGACUGACAAUAGUAUUAACCUAGUUGGGUGGGCUUUUAAUGCCGAUGGACGUGCUAUUGAAAAUGCAUUUAAAGGCUUGCUGGUGACAUCGGUCCUUGAUCUACAGGCCAAAUUGCGUUCAAUCGUGGUUGAAAACCUCAGUCUAGCCAAUGGAGUUACUCGAUUUGCUAAGGAUUGGGAAGGUUAUGAAGAGUUCCAAAAGGCGAAACAGCUGGGAGAAAUGUUCCAUUUUACAGGAGAAAAUUGCGUCUGGAUGCAAGAUCCACUUCCACCAAGUGCCCUAGUGUACGCUGUAUUUGAUGUCGUAAGCCUUGUCGCUCUAUUCGAGAUCACCGAGCACGAAGAAACAAAUGAAAAGCACUUUUGGCCAUUCUCGAUCACACUUGAAUACAACAGAAAGGCAUUGGACAAAUGGCAUCGUGAAAGAGCCUCCAAUUUUGCCGAAGGAAAUAAUAAUGUGUACAUAAGAAACACACCCAAACCAUCACUGCCACAGCCUGCUCAAAGGACAUCCGAAAACAGCACCUCUGUGGUACCAUCCAAUGGAGAGACACAAUCAAAUGAAAAUGCUCAAAAUAAAUCUGAGAAGACUGUAGAACAACCCACAAAGAAAUCUUUUGAGACCGAUCAUGUAGCACCAGCAGAGAUUUCCCCACAGCAGCCUACAAGCAAUGGAUCUGACAAUAUAUUAAGUCAUACCAAAUCGGAUCGUCGGAUUGUCUCGGAUGAACAGACGAACUAUCAUGAGCUAGAGGCUUCUCAUAGCGAAGAUUCGUACGAAUAUCAAUUUGCACCCGACGUUUAUGAAGAAAGUCGAAAGAACACUAAAGCACCUGUCAUAAAGCCAGGCGGAUGGUCAGAUUUUACGAGAAAUUUACCUGCUAAUAAACAAAAUACUAACAGCAAUGGCAAUGUCAGCGGAAGUAUCAGUGGUAGCGUCAGUGGUAACGUUGGUGGAAAUACUGGUGGAUGGGGUCCUCUGACGAACAAUUCAGCGGUCAGUAAUCCAAGUGGAUGGGCUGCACUGGCAAAUAAUUCAUCAAACCGACGAUCUGAGAAUAGUGGAUUAGGUCUUUCUUCUUUACCCACAACAAACCAAUCAUACCCAUCAAGACAACCUCAGUCACCACAAUUAAGACAACCUCAAUCGCCACAGUCAGCACAAUCACCACAACAACGGCCAAUACAGGCACAAAAAGGACCUGCUUCUCUUCAGCUUCAAACAAAUCCACUCCCAGUUAAACAAAGGGUUCCUUUGGCCGAACAUUACUCUGAAAAACCCGAUCCACAAAGACCACCACAAUCAAUAAAUAAACCAGCAGCUUUACUUGUUAGUUCGACUCCAUCCGUUUCGGAUUCCAUGUUUGCCCCUGUCUCACCUUCAACUUCAGCUUCUUUAACUGCUACAAACCCGACUCAGAGUAACCUUCGUCCUUACUCUGCACCACCUCAAACUAUUCAGCCAUCUAACUUUAGUCAAAAUAAUAUUAAAUCGAAUAGCUCAAACGACAGCGGGGUUGGUAAAGCAAGCUCACAAGAUGCUGAGCCUGCUUGGGUAAAAGUCAAAAGGGGACUUGACAAUUCUGCAGUUAAUGCGCAAUCGGCAGCUUUCCAGUAUGGAGGACAAGGAUCUUUCGAGUGGCAGGAGCCCGUGGAAGGAGAAAUUGAUGAUGAGAAAUGGAAGGAGUUGAUGGACAAUUCGAUUACUCACUGGAGACAAGGCAAAGAUAUGGGACUGGACAUGAGUAACUAUGAACGUAAGAAGGCAGAGGCGGCCAAGAACAUCAAUCGACCGACUGGAUCUACAAAGUUUAAUACGGUUAUUGGUACUUCGGGAGAUCAGCGGAGAGGAGAGAAGGACAGUUGGGAUGAUGUUACGGUCAGACCAAAUACGAUGCAGAUGGCGCUAAAAGGAGGACCUAAAAUCAAAUACAAGCCAAAGGGACCAAGGUUCUAUAAUGCAUUUGAUGAUGCUGACUCGGACUCCGAUACGGACAAUGAUGGUUUGAGCUCUGAUAGUGAUGGUGGAGGACUUGAUCGUAAUAUGGCAGUGGGUGCGAAGGCAAAUAGAAUGGGCACUACGGCAACAUCAUCGUCAUCAGCAAAAGCAGGAACAACAGAGAUAACAGGAGCAGCAGGAUCAAUAGGAGCAUCAGGAGCAUCAGGAGCAGGAGCAAAUGCUGGUGCGUCUGAUGAUGAAAUUUUUGUAGAGGACUUUUAUUUGGUGGACGGAACGUAUCUUCAUUUGUACAAAAUAAACGAGGUCAAACAUCUUGCGCACAUUCCCAAGUCACUUCCGGAUCCGAGCUCUCCGCUGACCAUUGCUUUUACUUACUAUGCGUAUGUGCCGCGCAACCGUCGCAUGGAUGCCGGAAUGAUACUUAAGGCGUUGCAGAUACAUUUCCCAACCGGUAAUACGUACACCAUUUUGGUGGAGCAUAUUUACAAUGCCCUCCAUACAAAGAAGAACAAUGAGCUUGCAUACUUGCUCACACAUCCUCGAGUGAAUCGUGUUACGUGGGCGAUUGGAUUUAUGGCAAAGACUAUUGAAGAAACGCUGGGUAUCAAGCUUGGAAGUGCAUUGGAUAUGUCUCUCAAACUUGGUGGUACAGAUGGACACCAGCCAAACUUUCUUCAGUGUGCUGAGAAGUACAUCAAGGAUUGGCCCAACCUCGGGAUACUAAAGGCUGCAAAGGAUGAUUUCGAAUCUGCAAGUAACAGAAAUUUCUCGAAUAGUAUCUGGGACAGAGAGAAUGUUCCUAUUAUGGCCUUGCAGUACAGCAGUCUUCAGUGUGCGGCAUUAUAUACUUUGUACACGUCUACGGAAAAGACUAUACCUGACACCAGAGCAUUUAUGUAUCCAGAUUAUCAAGUAGCUCAAAAUCAUUAA